AUGGCGCCGGACGGCCGCAUGUACCACUCCAGCCGAAAAGGUGAGAUUUUCGAGCUCAGGCAAGGCCUCAAUGCCACGACGACUAAGGAGAGAAAGAGCUCGCUCAAGCGCACCGUAGCCGCUAUGACACUCGGAAAGGAUGUCUCAUCUCUUUUCACCGAUGUCGUAAAGAACACAGCAGGAGAUCUCUCUAUGAAAAAGCUCGUUUACCUCUACAUCAUCAACUACGCACAAGCCAAAUCAGACCUUGCCAUUCUUAUCGUCAACACUUUUAUCAAGGAUGCCGUCGAUCCAAACCCUCUCAUACGAGCCCUCGCCAUACGCACGAUGGCACUAAUUUCGUUGGAGAAGAUCACAGAAUAUUUAUGCGAUCCACUGCAUGCUGCUCUCAAAGAUCAAGACCCGUACGUGAGGAAAACCGCUGCCGUCUGUGUUGCAAAAUUGUAUGAUACCAACCCUACCGUCACAGUGGAAGAGGGCUUCAUAACAGAGCUACAAGAAUUACUUGCCGAUGGAAAUCCGAUGGUCGUUUCUAAUGCCGUCGCGGCCUUGUCAGAAAUUGCAAGCGCAUCAAACACCCCAACCCUUCUCUCCCUCACUUCCACCACGGUGCCUCGUUUUCUCUCAGCCAUGUCGGAGUGCACCGAGUGGGGUCAAAUUUUCAUCCUCGAUGCCAUUUCCUCCUACACUCCAGCUGGUGCGGAGGAAGCUGAUCUCAUGGUUGAACGCAUCAUUCCACGGCUUCAACACGCCAAUGCCGCUGUUGUGUUGGCCGCCGUACGCAUCAUUGUCAACCUUAUGCCCUGCCUUGACUCGAACCAGAAACGUUCGUUCCUCUGCAAGAAGAUGGCCGCGCCGCUCAUAACCCUGCUAACAUCGCCUCCGGAACUUCAAUUCGUCGCUCUACGGAACAUAGGUCUUCUGGUUAGCGAAUAUCCCGAUCUAUUAUCGUCCAAUGUGCGAGUCUUUUUUGCCUCCUACGCAGAUCCGUUGUACGUGAAGACCGAGAAACUCAAUAUUCUUGUGCGCCUUUCAAGUGUGUCAAAUUCUAAUAGCGUAUUGUCAGAAUUGAUGGAAUACGCUAGCGAUGUCGAUGUUAUUUUCGCGCAGCAGGCUAUUAGCUGCAUAGCUCGUAUUGCGAUUCGACUUGAUGUCGUUUCUGAAAAAUGUGUCUCAUUUCUAUCUGAGCUUUUGAAACGGCAAGUUGCCCACAUCACAGAACAGGUGGCUGUGGUAUUGAAGGACGUUUUGCGCGCAUAUCCCGAUCGCUUCUCUGAGAUCAUUACGCAAGUUUGUGAAGCGUCCGAGCAUAUAGAUGACCCAGUUGCGAAAGCUGCGUUGGUAUGGAUCAUCGGCGAAUACGCUGGUCAUCUCCCUAGGACUGUCGAGAUGCUACAGGUGAUCACAAACGCCAUUGAUGAAGAAGCUACCCCUGUGCAGCUGCAAAUGCUCACUGCAUGUGUGAAAGCAUACCUUGCAGUCGGUCCGGGCGCCGAGGAAGUGUGCGCAGGGGUUCUUCACUACGCGACACAUGAAUCUGAGACAGUCGACGUGCGCGACAGGGGAUUUAUUUACCAGAGGCUGAUAUCCUGUGGUGCGGAUGCAAUUCAGCAAAUCGUGCUAAGCAACAAACUCGGGGUCGAAGAUAUCACAGGAACGCUACCAGACGAAUUGCAAAAAGAACUCUUGCGCUCUCUAUCAUCUGUUGCCGCAGUAUAUCACAAGCCGGCGAAAACAUUUGCAGGAGGCCGAAGAAGAGGUCCUGUUGUGCAGCCAACUGGUGACAUGGGAGAAGAAGACCUCCUGGGUCUAGAAGAAGCAGCAGAUGAGGCAUCACAGGGCUCCUCUUUUCCAGCAACUGCGGACAGCACAGCAACUAGUUCGAGACAAUUCGGGGAUUCCCUUUUAGAUGACAUUUUGGGAGGGGUCGUGUCACCGGCUGCUAGCGCACCGGCUGCGUCUUAUCCUGAGAGUAAUUUGCUAUCAAGUCUGGGGAUGGCAAGCCCGGGCACCCCUCAGGCAGCGACCAACACCGUGAUGCAUACCCAAAGAAACGUCCUUCUGCCUGCCGAGCGCGGCAAAGGGCUUCUUAUCACAGGUGGCCUGUCUAGAGACGGAACUGGUGCGAUUGAAUUAGACCUCGAGUUUCACAACUCAAGUUCACUCCCUAUGGGAGACUUCGCAAUACAGUUCAACAAAAACUUGUUUGGCCUAGUCCCGGAUGCUCCUCUCCAUGUGCCAUCUCCCCUAGGUCCAUCCUCAUCUUAUCGAACCCAGGUCCCCUUGCGGCCCGGUGGCGAUGCUGAUGCAAGCAAGAAGUUCUUGCUGCAAAUAGCUGUUAAAUUCUCUCCUGGAGGUGUUGUCUACUUUGCUGAAGACGUAUCAGAUCACAUUGCCGCGGUCCUAAACAAACAAGGAGGCUUGCUUUCAAAACCUGAUUACUUGUCCGCGUGGAAAAGCGUUCCGGAUACUUCAGAAGUCAGGGGGCCAGUCACUUUCAGCGAUGAUGCAAUCACGUCGGUGGGCUGGAUUUCGACAAAGCUAGCUUCAAGUGGCAUCUUCACAGUGGCAAAGCGGAUGAGUGCGAAACCACCAGUGUUGUACUUGUCGAGUGUGGCUAUGGGUCCGUCAAAAAUCGUCAUGUUAGCAGAGCUUACUCUACCGGGCGAGAGGGGUAGCAACGUUGGGGCAAUUGCGUCCAGGAUUACCUCUGAUAUAGAAGGGAGCGUAUCGGCAUUGGUCAGUUUCAAUGAAACAUGUUCUGAUCUCCUGGGAAGGCCGUCGUGACAGAAACCAACGGUCCAUGCUCAGAACAAAUAGAACUUACAGAUUUCUUGUAAAUCUUAAUAACUUCACGUCCUGCCAUUGCACAUUGUAGUUGAGUGCGAUUGAAGUCCACAGCCCUUUUUGAGAUCGAGUCUACUUUCUGAUAUCUCUAAUCGAUUCCGGACCGAGAUAAUAAAAGCUAGGUUGUUUCAU